AUGACUGCACCAACUACAAGAAAAGACCUCAUGAUAGUCAAUAUGGGGCCUCAGCACCCAUCAAUGCACGGUGUUCUUCGACUCAUCGUUACUCUAGAUGGUGAAGAUGUUGUCGACUGCGAACCAAUAUUGGGUUAUUUACAUAGAGGGAUGGAGAAAAUUGCGGAAAACCGAACAAUUAUACAAUAUUUGCCUUAUGUAACACGUUGGGAUUAUUUAGCUACUAUGUUCACAGAAGCAAUAACCAUAAAUGGACCCGAACAAUUAGGCAAUAUUCAAGUACCUAAAAGGGCUAGCUAUAUCAGAGUCAUUAUGUUGGAGUUGAGUCGGAUAGCUUCUCAUUUGUUAUGGCUCGGUCCUUUUAUGGCGGAUAUUGGUGCACAGACCCCUUUCUUCUAUAUUUUUCGAGAAAGAGAAUUGAUAUAUGACCUAUUCGAAGCUGCCACCGGUAUGCGAAUGAUGCAUAAUUAUUUUCGUAUUGGAGGAGUGGCUGCCGAUCUACCCUAUGGCUGGAUAGAUAAAUGUUUGGAUUUUUGCGAUUAUUUUUUAACAGGGGUUGCUGAGUAUCAAAAACUUAUUACCCGGAAUCCUAUUUUUUUAGAACGAGUUGAAGGCGUAGGCAUUAUUGGGAGAGACGAGGCAGUAAAUUGGGGUUUAUCGGGACCAAUGCUACGAGCUUCCGGAAUAGAAUGGGAUCUUCGUAAAGUUGAUCAUUAUGAGUCUUACGACGAAUUUGAUUGGCAGGUUCAAUGGCAACGAGAAGGGGAUUCAUUAGCUCGUUAUUUAGUACGAAUCGGUGAAAUGACAGAAUCCAUAAAGAUUAUUCAACAGGCUCUAGAAGGAAUUCCAGGAGGGCCUUACGAAAAUUUAGAAAUGCGACGUUUUGACAGAUUAAAAGAUCCUGAAUGGAAUGAUUUUGAAUAUCGGUUUAUUAGUAAAAAGCCUUCUCCAACUUUUGAAUUGUCGAAACAAGAACUUUAUGUGAGAGUUGAAGCCCCAAAAGGAGAAUUGGGGAUUUUUCUGAUAGGAGACCAGAGCGUUUUUCCUUGGAGAUGGAAAAUUCGCCCACCAGGUUUUAUCAAUUUGCAAAUUCUUCCUCAGUUAGUUAAAAGAAUGAAAUUGGCUGAUAUUAUGACAAUACUAGAAAUAGAGACUAUCAAUUCUUUUUCCAAAUUGGAAUCCUUAAAAGAAGUCUAUGGGAUCAUAUGGAUGCUUGUCCCUAUUGUGACUCUUGUAUUAGGAAUCACAAUAGGUGUACUAGUAAUUGUUUGGUUAGAAAGAGAAAUAUCUGCAGGAAUACAACAACGUAUCGGGCCUGAAUAUGCCGGCCCUUUAGGAAUUCUUCAAGCUCUAGCAGAUGGGACAAAACUACUUUUGAAAGAGAACCUUAUUCCAUCUACAGGAGAUACUCGUUUAUUCAGUAUUGGGCCAUCCAUAGCAGUAAUAUCUAUCUUUCUAAGUUAUUCAGUAAUUCCUUUUGGUGAUCACCUUGUUCUAGCCGAUCUUAGUAUUGGUGUUUUUUUUUGGAUUGCCAUUUCAAGUAUUGCUCCCGUUGGACUUCUUAUGUCGGGGUAUGGAUCAAAUAAUAAAUAUUCCUUUUUAGGUGGUCUACGGGCAGCUGCUCAAUCAAUUAGUUAUGAAAUACCAUUAGCUCUAUGUGUGUUAUCAAUAUCUCUACGUUGAUGUUAUCAUCGACUAUGAUUAUCUAACAGUUCAAGUACAGUUGAUAUAGUGGAAGCGCAGUCAAAAUAUGGUUUUUGGGGGUGGAAUUUGUGGCGUCAACCCAUCGGGUUUAUCGUUUUUCUAAUUUCUUCUCUCGCCGAGUGUGAAAGAUUACCUUUUGAUUUACCAGAAGCAGAAGAAGAAUUAGUAGCAGGGUAUCAAACCGAAUAUUCAGGUAUCAAAUUUGGUUUAUUUUACAUUGCUUCAUAUCUGAAUCUACUAGUUUCUUCAUUAUUUGUAACAGUUCUUUACUUGGGAGGUUGGAAUCUUUCUAUUCCGUACAUAUUUGUUCCUGAGCUAUUUGGCAUAAAUAAAGGGGGUAAAGUCUUUGGAACACUAAUUGGUAUCUUUAUCACAUUAGCCAAAACUUAUUUGUUUUUGUUCAUUCCUAUUGCAACAAGAUGGACUUUACCGAGGCUGAGAAUGGACCAACUAUUAAAUCUUGGGUGGAAAUUUCUUUUACCGAUUUCUCUAGAAAGAAACAAGCAUAAAAUCUUUUUUAUAGAUAUUCAACAUAUGCUCCCUAUGAUAACUGAAUUCAUAAAUUAUGGUCAACAAACAAUACGAGCCGCCAGAUACAUCGGCCAAGGUUUCAUGAUUACCCUGUCCCACGCAAAUCGUUUACCUGUAACUAUUCAAUACCCCUACGAAAAAUUGAUCACAUCGGAACGUUUCCGAGGCCGAAUACACUUUGAAUUUGAUAAAUGCAUUGCUUGUGAAGUAUGUGUGCGUGUAUGUCCUAUAGAUUUACCCGUUGUUGAUUGGAAGUUGGAAACUGAUAUUCGAAAGAAACGAUUGCUUAAUUACAGUAUUGAUUUUGGAAUCUGUAUAUUUUGUGGUAAUUGCGUUGAGUAUUGCCCAACAAAUUGUUUAUCAAUGACCGAAGAAUAUGAACUUUCUACUUAUGAUCGUCACGAAUUGAAUUAUAAUCAAAUCGCUUUGGGUCGCUUACCAAUGUCAGUAAUUGAUGAUUACACAAUUCGAACAAUUUCGAAUUUACCUCAAAUAAACAAUGAAUAA